CACCACACCAGAUGGGGAUUCCUCUGACUCUAAUAGUCUUUCAUCUUUUGUAGGAAAGUGAUUAGGUCAGUUGGAUUUAUGCAGCCAGUUGAUUUUAUUUCUCCCCCUGGAAACCUAGUCUGCUUCUUUCCUCUUAACAAAGGCUGCAACCUCCAGGGAGAAGGAGGGAGACCAACGCACAGAGAGAGAGAAUGGCUGUUGAGAGAAAUGAGACAGAGGAACAAGGGAGGGGAAGAGAGAUUCAGAGCUGCUCCUGCAGGAGCUAGGUGUCUGGACUUUCUUGUGUUAAAAUUGCAGAGCAUUCUGAAUAAAGAGCAAGUCUUCCUUGGGACCCACCGCUGCCUCUCAAAAACUGACCUGGCUCUGUGUGAGCUGCUCUGGCAGAUGUGGAACUGCAGAAUUAAUGGAGACGUGAUGAAAGCUUAGCCAGCCCCCUGGCAGGCAGGGGAUGCUGCCUCAUCCCUGACGAUCCGCAAUGGAAGUGCCCAGUACCAAAGAUUUCCACUGGAAAACCCUCGCACCCCUCCCCAGUGGCAGGGUCUACUGCUCGCUGGUGGAGGCAGGCGGCCAGGUCUUUGCCAUCGGAGGCUGCGACGACAACGGAGUCCCCAUGAACUGCUUCGAGGUUUACUCCCCCGAAGCCAACCAGUGGAACUCUCUCCCUCCCAUGCCCACGGCCCGGGCCGGAGUAGCCGUGGCCACCCUGGGCAAGCGAAUCAUGGUGAUAGGAGGGGUCGGGAUGAACCAGACGCCCUUGAAGAUAGUGGAGAUGUACAACGUAGAUGAUGGCAAGUGGAAGAAGAGGAACUCCUUGAGGGAAGCUUCGAUGGGCAUCUCUGUGACGGUAAAAGACUACAGAGUCUACGCAGCUGGCGGGAUGGGACUGGACCUGCGGCCUCACAACUACAUGCAGCACUACGACAUGCUCAAGGACAUCUGGGUGUCGCUCGCGACCAUGCCCACACCCAGGUACGCCGCCGCCUCCUUCCUGCGGGGCACCAAGAUCUACGUGCUCGGUGGGAGGCAAUCCAAAUACGCCAUCAAUGCCUUUGAGGUCUUCGACACAGAGACCAGGUCGUGGACCAAGUUCCCCAGCAUCCCCAACAAAAGGGCCUUCUCCAGCUUCGUGCCCACGGAGCACAACCUCUUCAGUCUCGGGGGGCUGCGGCAGGGCAGGCUGUACCGGCAGCCCAAGUUCAUGAAGACUGUGGAUGUGUUUGACAUUGAGCAAGGCGGCUGGAUGAAGAUGGAUCGCUCCUCCUUCCUGAAGAAAAGGCGAGCGGACUUCGUCGCUGGCUACUUGAAAGGACGAGUCAUCGUGGCCGGGGGACUAGGGAACCAGCCAACGGUCCUGGAGUCAGCUGAAGCCUUCCACCCAGGGAAGAACAAGUGGGAGAGCCUGCCGCCCAUGCCGACCCCCCGCUGCACCUGCUCUAGCAUCGUGGUGAAGAACUGCCUGCUGGCCGUUGGCGGAGUGAACCAGGGCUUGAGUGAUGCAGUGGAGGCACUGUGCAUCUCUGACUCCUAGCCAGCCCCUUUCCAGUUCCCACCCCCUGGCAGGUCCAGCUCUGAGGUCCCGGGAAAGCGGCAGUGGCAGUGAUGCUGUCAGGAUCAGCCUCGCGUAGUUUGCACCCUGCUCUCUCCUGCUGCACCCCUAGCUGCCUUCACAGAACGUCCAGGGGAAGGUAGGCAGCGCCCCACCCUUGUGUGCACAUCUCUGAAGCCAACACUGCUCUGAAGCUGUUGGCCAGCAGGGGCUCCUGAUUGUCUAUUAGUCAGCCUCGGUACCCAGGGGCAUCACCCCUUCAUCUCCACCCCCAUCCAGGACCCCUCGGUCCUAUGCCAGCCCCGAAUUGCUGAAGAACGCACCAGCCUUGUACCACAGUGCAGGAGAUUGACCAGCCUAGGAGGAGCACUUUGGUUGGGGGGGAUCCACUCUGACCACCUGCAAAGGUCCAAGAAGGAGCUUGGCUGAGAAGAGCGCCCCACGGAGCCGGAACAUCGUGUCCCCUGCCAUUGGGAAAGGACCCUAUAGAUCAGGGUACGCCGGGCCUACGUCCUCGUACUCUACUGUGCUUCUCUAACCAUAGCUCAGAGCUGCAGUGCUCACAUGAAAACCCUGUGUAGCCAGACACGCUGGUUAAAGAAACCCCACUGACUCCAUUGUUUGGGUGGAACCAGCCUUCCUGUUCUAAUGUGACAUUACGCUUGCCAAGCACCCAGGGUGCAAGACAUCCCUCCCUGCGCAGAAUCCCUUGGCGAGCUACAGGGGAACUUCCUAAUCAUAUAAGCUAGAAUGGAUGGUGAGCGCCAUCAGCCAGAGAGAAGCCAGUCCAAUGUCUGGGUUGACAGCAACUUCAUUGCCCAUUAACUUGUAGAAUUUGCCCAUUGCUUGUGCCCGGAGCUGAAGCCAAGUGUUGCCAGCACUCCUGGGUGUGCUCUGACAGAUGGAGGCAUGCAGGGCUAGUUUGAGGACUGUUUGAAGCAAAUGGAUGGCUCUGCAUUUAGCAUAGAACAGGCAGACCUGCCUUCACUCAUUCUGACACAGAGAUGGGGCUGAGCUGCAGCAUUCAGAUCCGGUUCCAGGUUGGGAUUUUAAUGCCCAUGAUGCUCCAGGGUGCUCAGAUCCAGGAUUUCACUUUGGCUCACUUCACAGAUAAAGGACCAUUUGCAAAACCUGGACCCCGAGCUAACUUUGGAUUUCCAACACCCCGAGAGAUUAGGGGAUGGCUUUGGACCCACCUCUACGUACACACAUCCCACAGUGAAGCCAGAAUGCCAUAGCGGUCACUUCCUCUUCCUUGGUUUUGUUUAAAUUUGUAUCUGUGGUUUGUGGCCAAAUGCUCUUUGAUGGAUGGGUUGCGAUUCUUGCUCAUAGCAGCAGCACAAUUAAAACCUGUAUUCGCUGAGCAAAGGCUCUCUGCAGUGAGAGAUUCUGUAGGUUCCUCCCUGCUACGGAGGGAUCAAACUGGGGAGCUGCAAAGCUGGGGCAGCAUGGACUAAAGGGAGAGGGAGCCAGCCUGGGAAAUUCUUAUUGUUGCUAGCAAGCGUACAGACUGACAUCGAAGGCCCUGCACUAGGGCAGCCUUACCGCUGCUGCAGCCACCAGCCUCGCGGGCUUAUUGUCUACAUUCCUUAAUAAAGUCAUUUGCCUUGGAGGAAACUGGGAUUUACCAGUGAACAUCCCUCCCCAUCCUGUGCAGAACAAGCCAGGGUGUAGCUGCAGGGUUGGGGGUGUGUGGAGGA